UACUGAGAGAACCGGCUCUACUAGUUUCACUGUAAUUUCCUUCUUUAGAGUCUCAUUAACUGUCCUCAAUAUCAUUGUGCCAAAGAGUCGCACACAAACGCAAGGACAAUAGAGGAACAAGGACAUUCGCUGGGGGGAAAAGUUCAGAUUACAGGAUGACGGAGAACGUGCGCCGCGUGGUGUCCAAAGACGGCCACAAUAACGUGAAGAUUGAUAACGUGGAGGGAAUGAUCAAGCUCUUCCUGCACGACAUCUGGACCACGGUGGUGGACAUGAAAUGGCGUUAUAAGAUCACUCUGUUCGCCUCCACCUUCGUCAUGACGUGGUUCGUGUUCGGCGUCAUCUUCUACCUCAUCGGCCUGAGGAACGGUGACUUUGACGCAGACCCGUCCUCCAAUCACACGCCAUGCGUGAUGAACGUGGACUCACUGACUGGUGCGUACCUGUUCUCCUUGGAGACCCAGACCACCAUCGGCUACGGCUUCCGGCACGUGUCGGAGGAGUGUCCUCUGGCCAUCGUGACACUGGUGGUGCAGCUGGUCCUCACGGGGCUGGCGGAGAUCUUCGUGACCGGCGCAUUCCUGGCCAAACUGGCGCGACCCAAGAAGCGCGCGGGAACCAUCAGGUUCAGCCGCUCCGCGGUGGUCUGCAAGCAGAACGGGAGGCCGUGUCUGAUGGUGCGAGUGGCCAACCUGAGGAACAGCCUCCUGAUUCAGUGCCAGCUCUCGGGGAAACUGCUGUCGGCCCACGUCACGCAGGAGGGCGAGAAGACCCUCGUCCACCAGGCCAGCGUGGACUUCCACCUGGACUCCAGCGGUGAGUGUCCGUUCCUGCUGCUGCCGCUCACCUUCUACCACGUGCUGGACGACCGAAGCCCGCUGGCCGGUCUCACGGCCGACGACCUGCCGAGACGAGAGUUGGAGCUGCUGGUCACCCUCAACGGCACUGUGGAGUCCACGGCCGCCACCUGCCAGAGCCGCACGUCUUACGUGCCGCAGGAGAUCCUGUGGGGUUACGAGUUCAAACCGGUGCUGUCCAACACACACGGCGGCAAACUGGCCGCAGACUUCAGCUUCUUCGACCAGGUGCAGGUCUGCAGCGACCCGCCGACGCUCAACACGGAGAAGCUGCAGCUGGAGGAGGAAUACAGACGGGAGUGAAGAGACCACAUGAUGAAGAAACAGAUGGAAAACUGGUCAAUCUUUCUGGAAGUCAGAUCUUAUCUGUGUGGAACGACGGCACCACAACCACAACCAGAACACUCUAGUUACUCCUUAUUCAUGUUUCUGGUCUCAUUGGGAAUGAUUUACCAGUGACUAUUUAAACUGUAAUUUAUUCCUGUGAUCAAAGCUGGAUUUUCAGCAUCAUUACUCCAGUCUUCAGAGUCACAUGAUCCUUCAGAAAUCAUUCUAAUAUGAUGAUUUGCUGCUCAAGAAACAUUUAUGAUUAUUAUCAAUGUUGAAAACAGUUGUGCUGAUUCAUAUUUCUGUGGAAACUGUUAUACAUUUUAUUCUUCAGGAUUCUUGGAUGAUUAGAAAGUUCAAAAGAACAGCAUUUAUUUGAAAUAGGAUCUUUUGUAAUAUUAUAAAUGUCUUUACUGACACUUUAAUGCGUCCUUGAUGAAUAAAAGUAUUUCUUUACUUUAAAAAUAUAUUACUGACCUCAAACUUUUGAAUGGUGGUGUAUCACAGUUUCCACAGAAAUAUGAACUGUUUUCAACAUUGAUAAUAAUCAUAAAUGUUUCUUGAGCAGCAAAUCAUCAUAUUAGAAUGAUUUCUGAAGGAUCAUGUGACACUGAAGACUGGAGUAAUGAUGCUGAAAAUUCAGCUUUGAUCACUGGAAUAAAUUACACUUUACUAUAUAUUCACAUAGAAAACAAUGUUUGUCUUAUUUAAUGAGAAUAUAAUGUCUUACUCCACCAUUAAUCGCUCUUGUUUAUCAUCCAUCUUCACACAGAGACACUUUCACCAUUCAAUCUGUCCACAAUUUGUAUUUUCUGUGUUUUUGGAUUGUUUUACUCUAAUAUAUUUUAAUCCGUUUAACAACUUCUGAAAUUGUUUUAGGAAAAGUAUUUGAUCCAUGUUUCUCCUUGAAUAAAUAUGAGACUUAUAUUUGUGUUUUAAACCCAACAAA